CAGCGGGCCGGUGCGGGAUCAGCUCCCUCCGGUCGGGAUCGUGCACGUGAUGGAGACAGAUGGGGACCAGAACCAGCAGGGCGCUUCAGCCAAUGGGAACGCUGCGUCUGGGACAAGCUCCCGCCCCUCUCCAAUCAAUUCCAUGUCCCUGUAUGAGAGACAGGCUGUGCAGGCCUUGCAGGCGUUACAGAGGCAGCCAAAUGCGGCCCAGUAUUUCCAGCAGCUCAUGCUGCAACAACAGAUCAACAACGCCCAGCUACACAACCUGGCCGCAGUGCAACAGGCUACUUUGGCAGCUAGCCGUCAGUCUAGUCCGUCCAGCAGCAGCUCGUCCCAAACCACCAGCACGACCACAGCCGCGAAUGUGACGGCCUCGGGAGGAGGAGGAGGGUCCACAACCAGCACUCGCCCCGUUGGUCAAGGCGCCUCUGCAACGUCCACGAUCAGCCAGUCAGUGCUGCUGGGUGGGACGGCGGGAGGCCAAGGCCAAAUGUACCUGAGGGUCAACCGCUCUCUGAGGGCGCCCAUCUCCUCGCAGCUUAUCUUCAUGCCAGGCAGCACGGCAACCGCUGCCGUAGCGACGGUCACCCAGCAACCGCAGGCUCAGCAGCAACAGGCGGCGACACCCACUUCCUCCUCUGGCAGCCAAUCGGAUAACGACCAGGUCCAGAAUCUGGCCAUUCGAGGGGUCUCCAGCCCAAAGGGGGUGAAGACGGAAGUCCCGGAGAGGACCUCCUACUCUUUGAUACAGACCACUCACCAGUCCAACUCUCAGUCCCCCACCAAGCCUCAGUUGUCCCACAUCAAAAUCCCCACCUAUCCCCAGCCCGCCAACCUCAAGUCCCACCCUCCCUCCUCCAGUUCCUCCUCCAGCUCCUCCAUCCCUCUCUCCCAGCUCUUGCUGCAUGGGCCCCGGGCCCUCACCACUGUCACCACUGCCGCCACAGCCACUCACAUCUUGGUUCCCACAUCCAGCGGCACAUCCCAGCCUCACGGCUACCCGGUCGGCGCGGCAACCAUCAAGCCAGCGGUCAACGCCCAGACACUGGUGGUGCAGCCGCUUCAGAAGACUGCCCUUGCCCCAGAGAAACCGGGCCAUGGCAAUGGGCCGGUCCCGAUCCAGCCCAAGACCCUGCAGGGACUCCGCCUGCCCCUUCAGCUGCCCUCCAGGAACCCCCCGCCUAUCCUUCCUGCCCCUGCCCCCUCCGGCAGCUCUGCCCAGCCUCCUGCAGUGCCACCGCCGCACAUCCCAGUGCAGAUAGUGGGAGCCAGGCAGAGCACACUGGCAAACCCCCAGGCUUUGGCACUGGCACAGGCCCGUAGCAGCUGCAGCCAGGAUGGAGCGUCCGUGCUAAGCAGCUCAUCCAGCCUGCUCACUAUGGUGGCCUCCAUCGCCUCGAGGGAGGGUGGGGUCAUCGGCCGGGGGAUGGGCCUCAAGGCACUCCAGUCACCCAAGGAGGCACCCCCGCUGGCGCAGGUCACUCACGUUCACCCACAAGCCAACCAGAGCUCUGCGCAAAGCCAGAACGGAAGUCCCACUUCCUCCACCGCCUCCCUGGGCUCCCCAGCUGUCUCUUCGCCCACCUCCUUGCUCUUAGGCUCCUCUGCUGCCCUCCCCCAGGCUGGCGAGGAGCCGAGAGGAGCAUCUGGCGUCAUGACAACCAAUGGAGAGUCAGUAGGGAGUCAGCAGACACAGCACAUGACCAGCUCGCUGAAAAGAAAGUCAGAAUCCAGUCCAGCCCAUGAGGAAGAUGGCCCCUCGCCGCCACGGCUGCAGCCUGUCAGAGACCACCCGCCAGCUCUCACCUCCAACACCGCUGAAGCGGGUGCCGGUGCUCCCUCCUCCUCGUCAGGCUCCCCAUCUCCUCCCCCGGCCUUGUCCGUCUCGCGUGUGGGCGGGGGUCAGGGGGAGCGGGCUCCUCCCCCGCAGGCUGUGGUCAAACCUCACGUACUCACUCACCUCAUCGAGGGCUUUGUCAUCCAGGAAGGGGCGGAGCCAUUCCCUGUGUGUGGUCCAGUGAAGGAUUUGGCUGGUGAGGAUUUGACCAAUGACAGUCCGGACACCAAUCAGUCUGAGUCUGUAACCACAGCAACAGUGCUCAAAUGCGAGUACUGUAAGAACUUCGCCCCCGCCAGCCAGUUCAGAGGAACAAAAAGGUUCUGCUCAAUGACCUGUGCCAAGAGGUACAACGUCAGCUGCAGCAAGCACUUCCGCAUGAAGCAGAGCCAAGGUCACCUCUCGCACUUGGACGAAGACGGAGGGGUCGCUAGGAGGAAGGUACCGCGAAGGACCAGCUCGGAAAUAGCCAGCGCUAAGAUAGCGGGGAGGCCCAUACCGGUCAAGUGCCGCUCAGAGUCCAGCCACUCAGACGAGGGCUCCAGCGGCGAGGAGGAAGAGGAGGAAGACGAUCCCAUGUCCCUCUCCCCUGCCUCCUCAUCUGCUUCCUGCCACCAGCCGCCUCCUCUGCUCCCGCUGGAGGGCUCUGCACCCACCUGUCUGGCCGGUAGCCCUGCCCACUGGACCGUGGAGGAGGUGUCCCGCUUCAUAUCUACCCUGCAAGGCUGUGAGGAGUUGGGCCCCCAGUUCCUGUCCCAGGAGAUUGAUGGGCAGGCCCUGCUGCUGCUCAAAGAGGAGCAUCUCAUGUCCACCAUGAACAUCAAGCUGGGCCCCGCCCUGAAGAUCUGCGCCCACAUCAACAGUCUGAGAGACUGA